UUUUAUAGCUGCACUUCUCGGCUUCUCGAUCGCUUCGUCUCAGUCUCUCUUCUCUUAUCCUUCUCUCUGAGUUCGCUGUAAACACAUCAUCAUGCUUUUUUAACUAGAGAAGCAAACUUUCGCAUCUAUUUAAAAGCCAUCUUUAGGCUUGGGUUCUUCUUCUGAAGACUUUUCAUAUCCGUACAUAAGAGAUUCUUCAACGGCUAUUUCGUGCUUGCGCUUGCUUUUAUGUUGAUCAUGAAGAGCAGAAGUUUACUGUAGCUAUAUCGUCUUCCUUGCGCUGUUCGAGACCUUAAUUUUUGACCAAGCUUUAAAAGUGAUUUUAGCUGGAGGAAGAAGAUGGAGUAUGUUUGGAGAAUCUUUUGUGAAGAAUCAAGUUGUUCAAAAAUGGGGGAGAAACAUUGUAGUUAUGAUUUUGAGCUUCUGAAAGAUCCUUCCACAUGCUUAAACCAUUUGAUGAUCAUUUGUCUUGACGUGUUAUUGUUGAUUUUGCUUUUAUUCACAGUAAUACUCAAGUCAUCAACAAAGACAUUUCAUGGUUCUAUCCAAGCGAAAAGGUUCUCAAAUUUGCAGGUAGCUUCUGCAAUAGUAAGCGGCAGUCUUGGGUUAGUUCAUUUGUGCUUAGGUGUUUGGGUUUUAGAGGAGAAAUUGAGGAAAACUCACACUGCUUUUCCUAUCCAUUGGUGGAUUCAAUAUUUUUCUCAAGGGAUCACAUGGUUGUGUGUAGGUUUGACAGUAAGUCUCAAGUUGAGGGAACUUCAAAAACCAUGGUCAAGAUUAGUGUCUAUUUUGAUCUUCUUAGUUUCUGGCAUUUUUUGUGUUAUCUCUAUUUUUUUUGUCAUUAGUGAUAGUGAAGUGACCCUUAAGGUAGCUUUAGAUGUUUUAUCUUUCCCAGGAGCAAUUUUGUUGCUCAUCUGCUCAUAUAAGGGACAUGCAUACAAUGAUCAGAAUAUCAGUGAAAGCCUUUAUGCUCCUUUGAAUGGUGAGUCUACUGAUAUUGAUAAAACUAGUUCUGCUAAUUAUGUGACCCCAUUUGCAAAAGCUGGAUUCUUUAGCAAAGGGUCAUUUUGGUGGUUGAAUCCAUUGAUGAAAAGGGGUAAGGAGAAACCUAUUCAAGAGGAAGAUAUCCCAAAAUUGCGAGAGGAAGAUCAAGCUAAAAGCUGUUAUUUGAUGUUUCUUGAUCAAUUGAAUAAACAAAAACAGAAAGAACCAUCAACACAACCAUCUGUCUUGUGGACAAUAAUUUUCUGCCUCUGGAAAGAUAUCUUGAUAUCUGGAUUGUUUGCAUUGCUUAAAGUACUCACUAUUUCAGCUGGUCCACUACUUCUAAAUUCCUUCAUAUUAGUUGCUGAGGGUAAAGAAAGUUUCGAGUAUGAAGGUUACAUAUUGGCCAUAACACUUUUCUUUACAAAGAUCUUGGAAUCAAUAUCUCAAAGGCAGUGGUACUUCCGAAGCAGAUUAAUUGGUUUACGAGUUAGAUCAUUACUUACUGCAGCCAUUUAUAAAAAGCAAUUGAAGCUAUCUAAUGCUUCAAAGUUGAUGCAUUCAAGUGGAGAGAUUAUGAAUUAUGUAACCGUUGAUGCUUAUAGAAUUGGGGAAUUCCCUUUUUGGUGUCACCAGACUUGGACAACGAGUGUUCAACUAUGUAUUGCACUAGUAAUUCUUUUUAACGCUGUGGGGCUAGCAACUAUUGCUUCCUUGGUGGUCAUAGUGCUCACUGUUCUUUGCAAUACUCCACUAGCAAAGCUACAACAUAAGUUUCAAACCAAACUUAUGGUAGCACAAGAUGAGAGAUUGAAGGCUAGUUCUGAGGCUCUUAUAAAUAUGAAAGUACUGAAACUCUAUGCAUGGGAAACCCAUUUUAAGAAUGCUAUCGUAAGAUUGAGGAAUGUUGAGCUCAAGUGGUUAACUUCUGUGCAGUUAAGAAGGGCAUACAAUACCUUUCUCUUUUGGUCUUCACCUGUUUUGGUCUCUGCUGCUUCUUUUGGGGCAUGUUACUUCCUGAAAGUUCCUUUACAUGCAAAUAAUGUUUUCACUUUUGUGGCAACUUUACGCCUUGUUCAAGAUCCAAUUAGAACCAUCCCAGAUGUUAUUGGGGUUGUCAUUCAAGCUAAAGUAGCAUUUGCUCGGAUCGUGAAAUUCCUCGAGGCACCAGAAUUGCAGAGUGUAAGUGUUAGAAAGAAGUGCUCAAGUGGCAGUCUUAAUGGUUCCAUUUACAUCAAGUCAGCUGACUUUUCAUGGGAAGAUAAUGAUUCAAAGCCCACUUUAAGAAACAUAAAUCUAGAGGUUAAACCCAGGCAAAAGGUGGCUAUUUGUGGAGAAGUUGGCUCUGGCAAAUCAACCUUAUUGGCUGCAAUUCUUGUAGAAGUUCCCAUUACUCAUGGAACUAUUGAAGUUCAUGGGAAGUUUGCUUAUGUUUCUCAAACAGCAUGGAUUCAAACAGGUACAUUAAGGGAAAAUAUACUGUUUGGAUCAGCCAUGGAUCCUCAAAGGUACCAAGAAACACUUGAAAGGUCAUCUUUAGUGAAGGAUCUUCAAUUGUUUCCCUAUGGUGAUCUCACAGAAAUUGGGGAAAGAGGGGUGAACCUUAGUGGAGGCCAAAAACAACGAAUUCAACUCGCACGUGCUCUUUAUCAGAAUGCUGAUAUAUAUCUGUUGGAUGAUCCUUUUAGUGCUGUUGAUGCGCAUACAGCCACAAAUUUGUUUAAUGAAUAUGUCAUGGAAGCACUUAGAGAAAAGACAGUCAUGCUUGUUACUCAUCAAGUUGACUUCCUUCCAGCAUUUGAUUCUAUUUUGCUAAUGUGUGAUGGGGUGAUUCAAGAAGCUGCUCCUUAUCAGCAUCUUCUAUCCUCAAGCCAAGAAUUCCAAGACCUCGUCAAUGCUCAUAAGGAGACUGCUGGAUCUGAGAGGCUGCCUGAUGUGACUUUUUCUCACACUCAUGUAAAUCCUACCAAGGAGAUUAACAAGUCAUUUUCAGAGCAGCAGCUUAAUGAUUCAAAAGUUGAUCAAUUAAUCAAGCAAGAAGAGAGAGAAAUCGGAGACUCGGGAUUAAAGCCUUACUUGCAGUAUAUGAAUCAAAACAAGGGCUAUUUGUACUUUUGUAUUGCUUCACUUAUGCACCUUGCAUUUGUGAUUGGUCAAGUACUACAGAACUCAUGGAUGGCUGCUAAUGUUGACAAUCCACAUGUUAGCACAUUAAGAUUGAUCUUGGUGUACUUGUUGAUCGGAGUUGUUUCAACUGCUUUCUUGCUAAUCAGAAGUAUGGGAAUGGUUGCAUUGGGCAUUCAAUCAUCAAAGUCUUUGUUUUCACAACUACUGAACUCUCUUUUUCGUGCGCCUAUGUCGUUCUAUGAUUCCACGCCUUUGGGAAGGAUACUUAGUAGGGUCUCUUCAGAUUUGAGCAUUAUUGAUUACGAUGUCCCCUUCAGCCUUAUGUUUGCAGUUGGAGCCACUACAAAUUGUUAUGCUAAUCUUACUGUUUUAGCAGUUGUUACUUGGCAAGUCUUGUUUGUCUCUAUACCAAUGAUUUAUAUUGCAAUUCGUCUACAGAGAUACUACUUUGCCUCUGCAAAAGAGUUGAUGCGAUUGAAUGGCACAACAAAAUCCUAUAUAGCUAAUCAUCUAUCAGAAUCUGUUGCUGGUGCUAUGACAAUAAGGGCUUUUGAGGAGGAAGAUCGCUUCUUUGCAAAGAAUCUUGAUUUAAUCGAUGUCAAUGCCUCUCCUUUCUUCCAUAAUUUUGCAGCAAAUGAGUGGUUGAUUCAACGUUUAGAAACAGUUAGUGCAGUUGUUCUUUUCUCAGCUGCACUAUGCAUGGUAGUACUUCCAUUUGGGACUUUCUCCUCUGGAUUUAUUGGCAUGGCCAUUUCUUAUGGCCUUUCAUUAAAUGCAUCCCUCGUAUUCUCAAUUCAAAACCAGUGCACCAUAGCAAACUAUAUAAUAUCAGUAGAGAGGUUGAAUCAAUACAUGCAUGUACCAAGUGAAGCUCCAGAAGUCAUUGAAGGAAAUCGCCCUCCAGUGAAUUGGCCAACAGUGGGAAAAGUAGAAAUAGAUAAUUUGCAGAUAAGAUAUAGGCAUGAUGCACCUCUUGUACUCCGAGGGAUCACAUGCACAUUUGAAGGAGGACACAAGAUUGGCAUUGUUGGCAGGACUGGUAGUGGAAAGUCCACUCUCAUUGGUGCUUUGUUUCGUCUUGUGGAGCCAGCUGGCGGAAAGAUUAUUGUUGACAACAUAAAUAUCUAUUCUAUUGGACUCCAUGAUUUAAGAUCACGUUUUGGUGUCAUACCACAAGAUCCCACACUUUUUAAUGGCACAGUUAGAUAUAACUUGGACCCUUUGUCUCAGCAUUCUGAUCAAGAGAUAUGGGAGGUUCUUGGAAAGUGUCAAUUGCGAGAGGCAGUUCAAGAGAAAAAAGGUGGCUUAGACUCUUCAGUUGUGGAAGAUGGAUCAAACUGGAGCAUGGGACAGAGGCAGCUUUUCUGUUUGGGACGUGCAAUUCUUAGGAGAAGUCGGAUUUUGGUGCUUGACGAAGCGACUGCAUCAAUUGAUAACGCUACUGAUUUGAUUUUGCAAAAAACUAUAAGGAGUGAGUUUGCAGAUUGCACUGUCAUCACUGUAGCUCACAGGAUUCCAACAGUGAUGGAUUGCACUAAAGUUCUAUCCAUUAGUGAUGGAAAGUUGGUGGAAUAUGAUGAGCCAAUGAAGUUAAUGAAGAGGGAAGACUCUUUGUUUGGGCAGCUUGUGAAGGAAUAUUGGUCUCAUCUUCAAUCUGCAGAAUCAUGUUAAUCUAUUGAACCAGAAGCCAUGUCCGAUAAGCUGCUUCUCCUUUCUUUUGUUUUUUUUUUCUUUUGGGAGUAAUAAGAAGAUUGUUUUUUGGGGGUACAA